UACCAUGCUUAUGUGGAAGUGCCCCGUGCCUGCUCUGCCGGUGCUGCCCCAGUGGAAACAACUCUACCAUAACUCGGCUGAUUUAUGCAUUCUUUUUACUCCUUGGUGUGAGUGUUGCCUGUGUGAUGUUAAUACCAGGCAUGGAAGAGCAACUGAAGAAGAUUCCUGGAUUUUGUGAUGGAGGGAUGGGAACCACUAUUCCUGGUGUGCACGGCCAUGUGAAUUGCGAUGUACUAGUUGGUUAUAAAGCUGUGUACCGGGUGUGCUUUGGUAUGGCCAUGUUCUUCCUUCUCUUCUCCUUAUUGAUGAUCAAAGUGAAGAGCAGCAAUGACCCAAGAGCAGCGGUGCACAAUGGAUUCUGGUUCUUUAAAUUUGCAACAGCACUUGCAAUUAGUGUUGGAGCUUUCUUCAUACCAGAAGGACCAUUUACAACAGUGUGGUUUUAUGUAGGUAUGGCUGGAGCAUUCUGCUUUAUUCUUAUUCAGCUGGUCUUGCUUAUUGACUUUGCCCACUCCUGGAAUGAAUCUUGGGUUGAAAAAAUGGAGGAAGGAAACUCAAGAUGCUGGUAUGCAGCUCUGCUGUCAGCUACAGCUGUCAACUAUCUGCUGUCUCUAGUAGCUAUUGUCUUGUUUUAUGUUUAUUACACUCAUCCAGAAGGUUGUUCUGAAAACAAGACAUUCAUCAGUGUUAAUAUGCUGCUGUGUAUUGGUGCUUCUGUAAUGUCAAUUCUGCCAAAGAUUCAGGAAUCUCAGCCAAGAUCUGGUUUGCUGCAGUCUUCUGUGAUCACCAUUUAUACGAUGUACUUGACUUGGUCAGCUAUGACCAACGAACCAGAUAGGCGCUGUAACCCAAGCUUGCUGAGCAUCAUCGGUUACAACAGCACCACCAUUCCAACCCAAGGUCAGGUAGUUCAGUGGUGGGAUGCACAAGGAAUCGUAGGACUCGUUUUGUUUUUGCUGUGUGUUCUCUAUUCAAGCAUCCGGACAUCCAACAACAGCCAAGUUAACAAGCUGAUGCUGACCAGUGAUGAAUCAACACUGAUAGAGGAUGGAAUGCCCAGGAGUGAUGGCUCCCUUGAUGAUGGAGAUGAUGUUCACCGAGCCAUAGAUAACGAGAGGGAUGGAGUUACUUACAGUUACUCCUUCUUUCAUUUCAUGCUUUUCCUGGCCUCACUGUAUAUCAUGAUGACACUUACCAACUGGUACAGUCCGGAUUCUUCUUACGAGACCAUGACCAGCAAAUGGCCAUCUGUCUGGGUGAAGAUCUCUUCCAGCUGGAUUGGCAUCGUGCUGUACGUCUGGACUCUGGUUGCGCCACUGGUUCUUACAAACCGUGACUUUGACUAAGCUGUGCCGCUCUCCAAGGAGAUCGCGCUCGCUUCACCGCGUCUUUGAAACAAACAGUAUUCCAGAUAGUAGUGCAGUUGUAAAUACGUGUGUGUGUGUGUGCACGCGUGCGUGUGCUGUCUGUGUAGUACACCCUGCUUUAUUCUGCAUGAUUACCUUGAAUCAUGUCUCUUGUCGUGUCACUAAAUGACUUUUUCUAGCUGAGCUCAGUGACAAUUGCUCUAAUGAUGGUUUCCAUAGGAUUGCUCCUGGAUUGAGUGCUCUGGGAGCGGUAGAUCUAAGAUCAAGACCUUUUUGGAAAUAGUUGGGUUUUUUUCCCCUCAAUUGCAUUAAAUAGUUGUAGGAGAAAAGGAGCAGGUGUUAAUUAGGGUAAGAAACCAGUAUUAGAUCAGGCUUUGCAAGCAAAGGAGGGGCUGCCUUUCAUGAUCCCUGUUGCCUU